GGCAAGGGAAGAGACUCCAAGUCCCGGCGCGGCCCGCGGCUAAAGGCGGCGCGGCCUCUCACCGGGGCGCGGCCUCUCACCGGGGCGCACGGAGGCCGCCGGAGCUCUGGGGGGCCGAGACCACCAAUCCCAGGGCGCUUCGCGCGCGCAGUGCCAAGAAGGUGGGGCGGGGCGGCGCGCACGGCACCCUGGGAGGUGUUGUCUUCUGCUCCGGGAGCGCAGAGCUGCCCGAGGCGUACUCACUGGCACCUGAUUGGCUGUCCCGAGAAAGUGACAGGGCUUCGCGGCCCAGGGCCGAGAGCGGCGAGGAGGCGGGCCAGCUGGGAUUUAGGCGCGAGCGGUUGAAAGUCGGUUGGUAUUAGUUCGGCCGCCGAGGUGCCGUCCCACCCCCAGCCCUCUCCAUGGCGGACCCGGAGGAGCUGCGGCUUUCCCCGCAGCCGCUUCGGCUUUCCCCGCAGCCGCCGCCCUCCUCUGCCUCGUCUUCAGACGCGUCUUCAGCAUCUUCCCCCGGCACGCUGGGGGGUUUGGACCGGACGGUUCCGAACAGGAACAGCGGCCGGCCGGUGGACCCGCUGGAGGAGGUGGAGCUGCAGAUCGGAGACGCAGCAUUUUCAUUAACCAAACUUCUUGAAGCUGCAUCUGCAGUAUCAGCUCAAGUGGAAGAGCUUGCCUUCAAAUGUACAGAAAAUGCACGUUUCCUUAAAACAUGGCGGGACCUCUUGAAAGAAGGCUAUGAUUCCUUGAAGCCUGACAACUGAUUUGACUGUAAUAAUCCAUACCACCUCAUAUGAUGUGUGCACAUGUACCGUGUGGAUAGGAUAACCACCAGCAGUUCUGUAUACAGAAGAUGAAAUUUUUCUUGGUUUUCUUCAUUUUGUGAAAACAGAAUAUGAUGUUAUUUUUGAUGCUGGCCCGUUUAUCUUUAAACAUUUUCUGUUCUCUAAACUUUCAAAGAUUCUUCUAUGGAAGUUAAUUUAAUCAGUAAAUAAUAUUAAUAAUGCCACAGUGCUACCAGUAGCAGGUGGACCAUUAUUCUCUUCAGUUUGCAAGAAGAUACCAAAAAUUGCAGAGUUUGAAGUCGAGCUUUAUUAUAUGGACCAAUGUUAGAUUCAGCUCCAUUAGGCUAAGUUCCCUAGAACCAAUGAUUGUGUCUUAUUACUUAUAUAUGUCCAGCAGCUAGAAGUCUGUUACACAACAAUCACUAAAUGUUUGAUGAAUAAGAGUUGACAACGUAAUUAAAAUCUGUUUUUUCUUCCUGUUUUUAGCAUAAAGAUUAUAAUUGUUUCUCGAAAAGAUAUUUGAGUCAGAACCUCAUUGACCUGAAGGAAAAUGUUAUCUUUUUUUUUAAACAGGAUUUUGAACUUUAACUGUUGACAGCUUUUUAAAAUAUAUGAUAAAUAUUUUUCACCCUCCUAUGAUGCUUUCCAAAAAAGCGUUUACUGAAACCUGCCUUGAAAGAAUGCCUAUUUUUUUUUCUAAGGUUAACUGCUUUUAUGGAUAUUUCUCAUAUUUGAUGUUGUUACAUGUUUGCUCUCUUUAAA